UGUGCUCUGACAACAACAUUCAGGCUCUCUGCUGGUGGGAAGAGAAGAAGCAGUUGAUUAUUUAACUGCCUUAGUGAGGUCCGGACAUAGAUUAAUAUAGCAACAACAUCCUCUUCGUACGUUACGUUUGGCUUAAAUUAGAUAUCGUCUUUGUAUUGUUAUACUCUUUACAGCCUUAGGAACAAGCGCUGAUUUUUCGGGGAGUUAGCCAGUCAAGCUAGCAAACAGCAGACAUUUUCUAACUUUAAUGAUUUAACCGACGUGUCUCACGUGAUGUGUCGCUAAUCGAUGGAUAGCCAUUGAGUUGUUAGCCAUGGGUAGGUAGUCAGGUGGUUUAUAAUUGCCAGUGUUUGGUGGUCUUAGCCGUCCUGUGAUCAGUAUGAGCGCAUCGGCUGGGGGCAGAGAGUCUGGGACCCCCUUGGAUAAAGUGAAGGAGGAUACCGGGGGUCCUACCUGUACAGGAGAGAACAACAAACAUGACUCUGCAAUUUGCACGGGUAACACUGAAAUUAAGAGUCGUGCUGUCGUCAAGUAUUCGGCUGCUCCACCACCUACCAGCUAUGCCCUGCUUCAGGAGAAGACUGACCUCAAGCUGCCGCCUGCCAACUGGUUGAGAGAAAACCCCCAGCUAGGCAGUGCUGGUACCACCAUACUGGGGUCUAGCAGUAAGAGCAAACCUUUCUCCAGUUUUGGGAUGGCGUAUGACUUCAUAGACUGCAUCGGAGAUGAUGUGGACGUGGUGUCAGACUCAGAGAACAUCAAGAAGCUUCUGAAAAUUCCCUACAGCAAGUCACACGUCAGUAUGGCAGUUCAUCGGGUGGGGAGGACGCUGCUUUUGGACGAGCUGGACAUUCAAGAACUCUUCAUGAGAUCCUCUCAGACAGGAGACUGGACAUGGCUGAAAGAUUUUUACCAGCGACUGAUAGAUCAGAAGUGGCAGAGGAAAAAGAAAAGUAAAGAGCACUGGUAUCAGAAAGCAAUUCUGUCAAAGUUCCUUUACUACAGUGUUAAUGGGGAUGGGGCUGCAGAGCCUGUAUCAGACAGUCUGAAUGAAGGUGAGGAGGAGGACAGGGCAGAGGAGUUCAGUUCCUCAUGGCCAACCACCUUCACCAGUACGUCUGAUGCAGAAGAACCAGACACUCCUAAGCAGGAAAGUGUUUCCAUGGACAGCAAGUUUGCUCUUGGCCAGGUGACAUCUGUACCUAAAGAGCAAAACAUGCCUAUGCUCUUCAACGAAGGGGAGAACAGUCAGGGAUUGAGGAAUGACUUUGUGCGAAACAUCAUGUGGACAUUUGAGGACAUCCACAUGUUGGUUGGGUCCAAUAUGCCUAUUUUUGGAGGAGGUCGCUAUCCUGCCGUCAGUCUGAGACUCAGGGACAACAACAAACCAAUUAACAUUCUGACAGGUAUCGACUACUGGCUUGACAAUCUGAUGUGUAAUGUCCCAGAGCUUGUCAUGUGCUUUCACGUCAAUGGAAUCGUCCAGAAAUACGAGAUGAUAAAAACAGAGGACAUCCCUCACCUGGAGAACUCCACUUUCUCUACGAGGGUGGUGAAAGACAUUGCUCAGAAUAUCCUCUCCUUCCUAAAGUCCAACUGCACCAAAGAGGGUCACACCUACUGGCUUUUCAAAGCAAGUGGGAGUGACAUUGUGAAGCUUUAUGAUCUAACCACUCUGUGUGAAGAGGCUGAAGAAGAAAAAUGUCAGAAUCCCUUCACGCUUCCUGUAGCUGUGUUACUUUAUAAAGUCGCUAGCAACUUGAUGCUGAAAGCGAGACAAAACAGAAAGCACUAUGGCACAAUCAGAACAUUACUUUUAAACUGCGUCAAACUUCUGGAUCAGGAGAGGCAUCCCCAGAUCAUCGCCUCUGCUCACUACAUGCUCUCAGAGCUAUUCCAGCUUGAUGAGCCUCCUCAGGAAGAUGGAGGGGAGUCGCUUCGGGCCGGGGGUUCUGAGGACAGCUACAGUGAUGAAGACAGGGAGGAAGAGGAGGAGCUGAUGGAGGACAGUGAUGAUGACAGCUCUGAUGACUCUUGCUCCAGAUCUCAAGAUGACAGUAAAGCUGUGGCAGUGAUCCGCUCUGUAGGGGAGCUGUCAGUACCAGAGAAAUACAAAUCAACUCACCAGAUCAGACCAAGUGGCCCUUUCCCUGUUUCUCAAGAUAAAGAGGAGAGAUGUCGACACGUCUUGAGCUACGUACUGAAGGGGCUGAAAGCAGUGGAUGGAAGUAUCAAGAAGGAGAGUGAUCUCCCUGCUGCAGACCCAAACACACCCAUUCCUCUCAAAUAUGAGGACAGAAGUGCAGCUGGAGCCUGUGCUGCUGAGACGGGCAUCUCACUGCUUCUGGAAAGAGUGGGGCCUUUACAGGCGGACCAGAAGCACCCGACUCGCUCAGGGAUGAUCCCCGGCUCUUGGCAGCACCGAAUGAAGCUGCAGCUCUUCCUCAAAGCCUCCAAGGCGUACUAUGUCCUAUCUGACGCAGCCACUAACCUGCACAAGUACGGACGAGCCCUGCGUUACAUCAAACUAUCUCUACAGAGCUACGAUGCUUAUUGUUCAGUGAGCGGCACUCUGCAUCCACAGGUGCUGCAGUUUCACAGCCAGUGCCUCUCUCUGUGCGGGGACAUCCAGCUGAUGUUGGCCCAGAAUGGAAACAACAGGGCUGCUUACCAGGAGGAGUACAGCUACCAGACCAAAGAGGACCAGGAGAUCUUGCACAGCCUGCACAGAGAGAGCAGCUGCCAGGCCUUUAACAUGGCGACAGACCUGGCCAUGGAUCCGGAGUACCAGCUCUUUGUUAGCAGUAAAUGCUAUGAGGCAGCGUAUGAACUGCUUGUCUCUGAAGCUUUGGCAGAUCAUGACUCUGAUCAGCUGGCCCAGGUGCUAAAAAGGCUGGGGAACAUCCGCAAUGAGAUGGGAGUCUAUUACAUGAACCAGGCGGCAGCCAUGCAGACUGAGAAAGAAGUGAAGAAGUCUGUGUCAGUAGCAGAGCAAGAGAUGUGGAAAAAGAGUUUCGCCUUCUUUGAGAAAGGCAUGAAGGACUUUGAAGCCAUCGAGGACAGAACCAACACGGCCUUAUUGCUGUGUAACACUGGCAGGCUGAUGAGAAUCUGUGCUCAGGCUCACUGUGCCGUCUCUGCCGACCAGAGCAGAGGGGAGUUCUCACCUGAGGAGACACUCUACUACAACAAGGCAAUAGACUACUACCUAAGGGCAAUGAAAUCCCUUGCAAGCCGAGAGUGUCACCCAGCAGUCUGGGACAGUGUGAACUGGGAACUCUCCACCACUUAUUUCACUCUGGCUACACUCCUGCAGGACUACGCCCCACUGUCCAGGAAAGCACAGGAGCAGAUUGAGCGUGAGGUUACCGAGGCGAUGAUGAAGUCCCUGCGAUACUGUGACCUGCAGACUGAGUCGGCUCGUCAGCCACUCUACCAAUACAGAGCUGCCACUAUCCACCACCGGCUGGCCUCCAUGUACCACAGCUGCUUCCGUAAUCAGGUUGGGGAUGAACAUUUGAGGAAGCAGCAUCGCAGUCUGGCAGAGCUUCACUACAGUAAGGCUGUAUGUCUGUUCCUCAGCCUUAAAGAUGCUCCCUGUGAGCUGCUGCGCACGCUACUGGAGAGGGUGGCCUUUGCUGAGUUUACUAUGGCAGGUCAGAGCAGCAGCGCAGCAAAGCUGAAGAGUCUGACUGGAGCGUUGGAGAUCAUGACAGAAACUCGCUUUGCUUUCCAGAUAAUUCACAAAGAGCUGCUGGAGGAACAGAUAGAGCCAAGUGAACAACAGCCUGCUGAAGCAGCAGAGUCUCCUGAUGUGACCAGCGGCCCGGCCUCAGGACUCAACCUCCAGGAAGUGAUGAAGCUGAUCGGGGUGUUUGAACCAAGUUUCUCUUUCUUGCUCCUGCAGUUGGUCAAAAUGAUGACCACGAUAAAACGGAAACCAAGCAAUAAGGACGAGGAGUUGUUGAAAACCUACAAGAAUGUUUACUCCAAGCUGCUGAGAGCUGAGAAGAAUGCUCCUCUCCUCAGUCGUGUCUCGCACUACAUCGAGCUUCUGGAGCAGCUGACUCCACAAACACAAAGUGACGACAAAGCUGCACAGUCGUCAUAGUAACAAAAUCAAGACCGUCCAUACUUCCACAAUUGGCUCUCUCUGGGGAACACCUGGAUGCCAUCAUUACCAACAGGUCCAUGCUCAGGCAACACACAGAAUGACAGUUUGAAAGCUAAUUCACCUCCUGCGCCUUUAAACAAAUCAUUUUCUAACAUUUGCAUUACAGGUUUUGAAUUGUACAUUUUUGUUAAAAGACUUGUAUAUUCAGAAGAUAUUUAAUUUUCUUAUUGCUUAGACCUGUAUUGUCACAUGUAAAGCUCCUAUGUGUCAGAUUCAUUGUACACAGUUGCAGACAUCACCUGGGUUGCCUCAUUUUUUUACACACAGCAAGAGAAAACCGGUACAAUCACACAGAACUUCUACUCAUAGGGGAUUUAUAAUGAGAAAUAAAUCAUUAAGCACAUUCUUAAAGAGAUUAUUGCAUUUAGUAAUUGGUGUUUUUGAUAUUCAAUAAUACCAAAAAGCUGUGAAUAAAACAGAUUUGUCUGAGGGCUUACAGGAUGAACUAAGCUUAAAGACCAUGUUUGCUUUCAAAGAAAAAAUGUGCAAUAGUUUGGCAACAUUCAGUGCAAACUCAGACUUGUGUGUCCACGUUGCUGUAUGUGUUGAUGUGAGUUUAUAUCGGCAUGGUUUGCUGUGACAUGAGAAUAAAAAGUUUUUAAGUAUG